AUGGCUAACCCGCAACACAUUGAGUGGCUGCUGGAAGGGGUGGAGGCUUGGAAUGCUCGGCGCGAAGGUCUGGCUUUUGUACCCGACUUUGUGAGGGCCGACAUUUACAAAGUCUUCCGCAACGGUAAUUUGCUGGAUGACCUUGGAAAGAUCCCUUUGCAGAAAAUUAAUCUACAAGGUGCCAAUUUAUCCCUCUGCAACCUCCAAUUGGCCAACCUUUACGGGGCAAUUCUCGAGGGAGCAAACCUAAUCAAUGCUAACCUUUCCAGUACCCUGCUUAUUGGUGCCAGAUUGACUGGUACUGACCUGAUACUUGCUAAUUUGGAAGGAGCCACUCUGAUAGGAGCCCAACUUUCGGACGCCAAUCUCCAAAGAGCCAACCUCACUAACGCCAAUUUAAACGGUGCAACUGUCGUUAACGCCAAUUUAAUUGAUGCAAACCUUCGGGGCACUAGUUUGGCUGGAACGGAAAUGUGGAAGGCGAUUCUGUUUCCCGAAGGUUUGUCACCUAAACAGUAUUCUUUUAGUUAG